GAUUGUUACAAGUCUGAAAGCUGCUCAAGGUGUCUGCACAUUCCCUUCUCUUGCCGAGGCUACCAACAGAAAUUUGGUGCAUAAUCUACUCUUUACUGGAGAUUGAGGAUGCCAUUUCUGCGAAUAGUGUUUGUAAAUCUUGGUAUGCAAGCCUUAAUGAUAACGCCAUUUGGGAAGUCGUGCUUAAUCGUGUUUUGAGAGGAUAUCCCCUUCAUCGUUUUUCUGUACCUGAUAUUCUGCUCCAGCUAAAACGCCCUGCCACUAUUGAUUUCACGACUCCCAGUACUUCCGAUAGUAAUCUGGAAGUUUGGACUGGCAGCUACAAGCAAAGAGCUGUUUUCACCAUAUAUUUGCUGAAAGUCCAGGGCCAACUGGUGGAUAUCAUGCGUUCACAGACGGCCAAUACGUUCAAAGACGAUGCGUCUGAGCCUUUGUUUGACGGGCAAUUUUUGACGACAAUAGAAGACCAUGCUGGUGGUUAUCUCCCAUUCGACCUGGUGGUGUAUCUGCUCAAGUUUUCGCAAUAUUUUGUCCCGCAGACCACUUGGGGCGAGGAGCAUUCCACGUUUGCAUUGGCCAAUACAUCUCAUUUCGUCACUUCAGCUCUCUGGAAUUUGUUCAACAAGCAAUCUACUUUUGUUGCAUAUGAGGAAAUGGCGCUGGAGGUUAUGGAGUAUUUCAGGCAAGAAUCCAUUCCGUCAGUCGAUAUUCAUAAAGGCGUCGAUGAAGAAAUCUUGCAAUACCUUCGCACCUUGAAGACACUCUCUUUUGCUAGCGCUCCAAAAGACGGCGACGAAAGGUAUCAUAUUCAAGUUGUACUAAACACUAGCAUUGACGACUCCGCUGAAGUGCCAAACAAGCUAAAGACAAGGUCUUUUGAUAUUGAUAUGGAAAAACUAAAAAAUGGAGCUGGAAAGGUGUUUGCCUGUACGGUUGUAUACGAAACUGAAUAUCGUCUAACUUGGCUAGUAGAAAGUUUCACCGAUUAUAUGAUUCAAUAUACCGGUCUGGUUGUCAAGCAUCGAAAGCUCCCCUUAUUCAUGGAUAUUGGCUUUAUGGACUUUGUAAUUUAUUCCCCACGCGACCAAAGCUUACCGAGAUCUGUGCUUCUUCCACAACAAGGCGCGCAGAGAGUGACAGACUAUGACUCCAACCUGAACGAUUCCUGACAUGCCAAUCGAUAUAGACAAAUAUGUUUAUACAAGACUAAUAAAUACGGUAAUGACUUUAAAGUGAGA